UUUACAGGAUCAUGAUGAAAAUGAGAAUAAUACAUCGCUUACAAUAAGUCGAAUGUUAAUUAAAUGUGCAGAUAUUGGCAAUCCAACAAGAGAAUGGGAAUUAUGCGAAAAAUGGGCAAUGCGUAUUGUGGAAGAAUAUUUUGAUCAGACAAGUGAAGAACGCGAAAAAGGAUUACCAUUAACAAUGGAAUUAUUUGAUCGUAACGUCUGUAAUGUACCAUUAACACAAUGUGGUUUUAUUGAUAUGUUUGCACGUGAAGCAUUUACAAGUUGGACACAAUUUUCAAAUCUUCCAAAUUUACUUACACAAUUGGAAAUGAAUUAUGAAAAAUGGCGACAACGAACAGCUGAUUGGAACCCAUCAAAGAAUAUGCAAUUAUGCGAUGAAAGACCACUUACAUCAUAG